AUCGACCACGUCGCCACCUUCUCCAAUGACGAGCCGCCAGCUGUCACUCGUGUCCUGUUCACGGAGAACGACGUGAGGGCAAGAGAUUACGUGAAGACGCUUAUGAGGGAAGCGGGGCUGGGUAUAAGAGAGGAUGCUAUCGGCAACAUCUUUGGCAGAUGGGAGGGGUCCAAUGAAUCGUUGCCAGCUGUCGUCACAGGGUCGCACACGGAUGCGAUCCCAUUGGCCGGGAAGUACGACGGCGUUGUGGGGGUGCUGGGAGGGAUCGCAGCAGUGCAGGCGUUGAAGCGGGCCCGAUUCUCCCCCCAUCGCCCGAUCGAAGUGCUCAUGUUCACCUCUGAAGAACCCACCCGCUUCGAGAUCGGCUGCCUGGGCAGUCGCAUGUUGGCCAAUCAAACUGGCUAUCUCGAUCGCCUGCUGGCGCUCCUGGACAAAGACGGCCGGCCAUUCGCCGAGGCUGCCGCUGAAGCUGGUUACGGAGAGGUUCGGAACGCAGGUUCGGUGGCAGCUGUGGCUUUGGGUCGGGAACAAGUGGGCGCUUUUGUGGAGCUGCACAUCGAACAAGGGCCGCUAUUGGAAGACCAAGGGCUGGACAUUGGCAUAGUGACAGCAAUAGCGGCGCCAGCAACACUGAUGGUCGAUUUCAGUGGAGGAGGGGGGCAUGCCGGCGCACUGCUCAUGAAGCAUAGGAACGAUGCAGGGCUGGCAGCUGCUGAGCUCUCAUUGGCUGUUGAGGCAGCUGUGCUGGCGACCAGGGCAGACGACACAGUGGGGACCACAGGGCAUCUCAUGCUUCAGCCGAACGCAGUGAACAGCGUGCCCCGCCAUGCACACUUGGAGAUUGACAUAAGGGAUAUUGACGAGGCGAGGCGGGAUGGCGUGGUGUCAAAAGUCAUGGCGGCCGUCAGGAGCAUUGCCGCCAGACGGAAAGUGAAGGUGGAGAGAAUGGAGCUGGUCAAUGCCGACCCGCCCGCCCAGUGCAGCAGCAUGGUGACGUCAGCAGUUUUGUCUGCAGUGCAGGAGCUGGGGCUGAGCCACCAGCGAAUGGUCAGCCGGGCGUAUCACGAUGCACUGUUCAUGGCGAGACUAGCUCCAACGGGCAUGAUCUUCAUUCCGUGCCGAGGAGGAGUGAGUCACCGCCCGGACGAGUUCACGUCCAAGGCCAACCUCGCCAACGGUGUGCGUGUGCUUGCUCUUACACUCGCCAAGCUCUCGCUGCAGUGA